AUGAAUGGAAUAAAACGAUGAUAGUGCCAUCUGUAGAUAUUUCUUUUUUUAAUAUGAAAAUAAAAUACCGCCAAUUCAAUGUUGAUCUUCUUCAAUGUUUUGACUUGCAUGACAAUGGCGGAUUUUAUGUUUAUCACAUAUUUUAUAUUAUCGUUGACACUAAAAUUAUGUCCAGGUGUGCAAUAUAUUUUUCAAUUAAGAGAAGAAGAGAAGUUUACUUUAUUAGAACAUGAUUUUUCUAUUGAAAGUGAAGAAUCACAAAAAUCUGUAGAUAUUAUGGCUUUUAAUAAUAUCAGUUCAAUGGGACAACAGCGUUUUAAAUGUCAUACUUGCGAGGGGCCAGAUUGUUUACAUUCUGAUAUCUGUUAUAAUGCAGUUACUUGCUGGAAAUCUAGAGUAAGACAAUCAGAUGGUAUGGAAAGUGUAAGUAGAGGAUGUACAUCAUCAAUAGAUCAAAUGUUAUUGAUAUGUAAUAAACAAUUACCACCACGUAUAAUUCAAAAUGAUAAUAAAAAAAGACAUGUUAGUGGAUCCUUAAAAGGUGUACAAUAUUAUGUUGAAUGUUGUCAAACAGAUUUCUGUAAUGGUGGGCCAUUUCCAAUAUUACAUGGUUUUAAUGGAGAUAUUGUUGAAGAAAAUUAUGCAGUUAAAUUAACAUUGGCAAUUUUGGGUCCUAUGGUUGGAUUCUGUAUAAUUGCUGGAAUAAUAUUGUUUUAUUUAUUGGUGUGUAGGACUCGUAGAAAAAGAACUUUGACUGCAAGGCGUAAUAAACUUGUUAUAGAUUCUGAAAUGGAGUCAUCUAUCUUACAUUUUUCAUUUUCUUCUCCAACAUCUACUAAUAUGUAUCAUUCUCAUGAACUAAAAGCAACUGCAGCUGGUGAUAGUACAUUAAAGGAAUAUUUGGAUGGAAGAAGUUUAACCAGUGGAUCAGGAUCUGGAUUACCAUUAUUAGUACAACGAACAUUAGCUAAACAAGUAGCAUUAGUAGAAUGUCUUGGUAGUGGUGGUAAUGGUGGAUUUGGUGGAGAAGUUUGGAGAGGAAUAUGGCAUGGUGAAAAUGUUGCUGUAAAAAUAUAUUUUUCACGUGACGAAGCAGCUUGGGCUCGUGAAACAGAAGUUUAUUCUCAAUUAUUACCAUCAAGACAUGAUAACAUUCUUGGAUAUGUUGGGAGUGAUAUGACAAGUAGAGCAAGUUGUACUCAACUUUGGCUAGUAACACAUUAUCAUCCAAUAGGCUCACUUUUCGAUUAUUUAAAUCGAACACCUCAUUCUUUAACACAUCAUCAAACACUCAAUAUCUGUUUGAGUGUUGUGAAUGGAUUACUUUAUUUACAUACAGAAAUUCAUGGAACAAGAGGAAAACCUGCUAUGGCACAUCGUAAUUUGAAAUCUAAAAAUAUUCUUGUUAAAACUAAUGGUAGUUGUGUAAUUGCUGAUUUUGCAUUAGCAGUAACACAAGAUCGAUUAGCUACAGAUAGGAUUGAUUUAAAACAAGGUACAAAACGAUAUAUGAGUCCAGAAAUUCUUGAACAAACGAUAAAUAUUGAGUGCCUCGAGAAUUUUCGACGUGCAGAUAUAUAUAGUUUAGGACUGAUAUUAUGGGAAGUUUGUAGAAAGUGUAUAAGCAAUGGUGUUGCAUUAGAAUAUGUAGCACCAUAUUCUGAAUGGCUUUCUAAUAAUCAAGAACCAUCUAUUGAAGAAAUGAAAAAAUUAGUAUGUUUGGAUCAACAUAGACCACCUCUUCCUAAUAGAUGGCAUUCUGAUCCAACAUUGGCUGGUUUGGGAAAAUUAAUGAAAGAAUGUUGGCAUGGGAAACCUGCAGCACGUCUACCUGUUCUUAGAGUAAAAAAAACACUUGUUAAAUUAGCAGCUAAUGACACACGUGUUCAUUUAUCUCUUGAUUAAGUAGCAUGUUUGAAUACGUAUUAUUUUAUGCAGAUAUUUAUUAAUAUGAGUACAAUAAGCUGUGUGGCUUCUUUUGUAAAUUUUUUUUUUUUUUUUUUUGCGAAAUAUGAAAGACAAUUAUAUAAUAUUUGUGCUAUCAUUUAUUUUAUUAUUCAUAUAUUUAUAAUCUUCUUAAGUUAAACAAAAAACAUCAAACAAGAAAUUAAUUCUCGUUUAAUAUGAUUUUAGGAUCAUAAAUUAUAAUUUUUAUAGGUUAAUAUUUAUGUAUAUUUUAUAGUAGUUUUUAUAAUGUAUUUAGUAAUUAAUAUUGUGAAAAUAUUGUUUUUUUUAAUUAAAAAUAGUAAAAUCAUACUAUUUUAGAUAAUUUAAUUAUAUUAAAUAAAAUUAUGUUUAUUUCUUGAAAAUAAUUAACAUAAUUGAUUUUAUAUAUUUAUAUAUUUGAUAUUUCAAUUACAUGAAUUAGUAUUCACAUGAUCAAUAUGUUUUUUUUUAACUUAAUUAUUAUAAUAUAACAAUUCAUAAUUGAAAAAUUCAAAAAUACAUUUUUAUUAGAAAAAUUUUAUAACAUUAAUUAUUGAUAUUGGAAUAGUCUUAUAAUUAUUCAUGUAUAUACAUAUAUAUAUAUAUAUUAUAUAUAUUAUAUAUAUAUAUAUUAUAUAUAUAUAUAUAUAUAUAUAUAUAUAUAUAUAUAUAUAUAUAUAUGUAUGUAUGUAUACAAUUGAUGACAAUUGGUAAAAAUUUUAUCAAAAUAAAUAUAAAGUUUUUACAUCAUAUUAAUUAUUAAAAAAUAUUUUGCAAAUAAAACAAUCGUAUUCAAAACAUUAAUAAAUUGAUAAUUACUAUUAAUUAUUACUACUAAUUGAUAAUUAAUAUAUUUCUUCACUAUACUAUUAUUUUUGUACAUGUAUAAACGUUAACAAAAUGUGUAAUAAAACUUAUAAUUAGUACCGUUA